AGUGCCAGUUUAUGCCAACAUUCACUCAUUGCAACAUGACUGAGCUCACUUUUAUGGGGAGAUAACCAAGAUUCAGUGACGAUACGGAGUAAUCCAUAAAUGACAAUGAUAUAUUGAAGUAUUUUUGUAAGUUGCUAAGUGAGAUUUGUCUUUUCAGUUACAUCACUUAUAGUUUUUCCUACUGUUUUCACAGCAGCAAAAUGGCAGAAUCUUCUGGUGAUCAGAAUCUCUUUGACUGUCCGAUCUGUCUUCAUCUUCUGAAGAAUCCAGUAACUACAACUUGUGGUCACAGUUUCUGUAUAACCUGUCUUAAUGAAUUCUGGGAUCGAGAUAAUCAGAAGGGCAUUUACAGCUGUCCUCAGUGCAGGCAGACGUUCAGCCCAAGACCAGCUCUCAGCAGAAACACUGUGCUGGCUGAAGCUGUAGAGAAAAUGAAGAGAGAAGCACCAGAAGCAGGAACAGCCUCUCCUGUCCUGAGUUUUGGUGUGUCUGGAGACGUGGAGUGUGACAUAUGCACAGAGACCAAACUAAAAGCCAUCAAGUCUUGUCUGGCAUGUUUGGCUUCUUACUGUGAAUCUCACAUUCAAACUCAUUAUACAUCUCCUGCUUUAAAAUGGCACAAACUGGUCAAUGCCUCACCACAUCUACUGGACCAGAUCUGCUCCCACCAUCAUAAGCUGUUAGAGCUGUACUGUUGCAAAGAUCAGCAGCUGAUAUGUAUGCAGUGUGCUUUGAUCAACCACCAGAACCAUAGCAUGACUUCACCUGCAGCAGAAAGACAAAAAAUACAGGUACAUUUGAAAAAAAAUCAGGAUGGCCUACAAAAGGAAAUGCGUAAGCGAGAGCUGAAGGUCCAAGAAUUCAGACAAGCUGUGGACUCCCAUAAGUGCUCUGCAGAGGAAGCAGUGGAGCACAAUGAGAAGAUGUUUACUGAGCUGAUCAGCUACAUGGAGAAAAUACGAGCUGAUAUAACAAAGAUGAUCAGAACUCAGGAGAAAGCAGAAGUAAGCAGAGUUGAGGAGCUCAUACUUGCACUGGAGCAGGAGAUCAGUGACCUGAGAAAGAGACAUGAUGAUCUGGGGCAGCUUUCACUGAUAGAGGAUGACAUCCAUGUCAUUCAGAAUUUCUCCUCGCUUUCCCACUACCAGUAUUCAGACUUGUGCAACACUUCUGUCAGCCAAAGACUGACAUUUGAGGAAAUGGAAAAAGUCAUCAGUGAGAUAAAAAGCCAAAUGGAUGAUCUCUGUCAACAAGACAUUGUGAGGAUAUCAGAGAAAGUUUCCACUGUCCGUGUAAUGGUGAAUAAUAAGAACAUCAAAAAUUAUUUGCCAUCUCAACCCAAGACCAGAGAAGAGUUCCUUGUAUAUUCCGUUGAUCUGAAUCUGAAAGCUCCAGCCUCCUCUUCGCUCUCUGUGAAGCACAACAAAUCUGUGCUAAAGUGUAAUAAUGAUUACUUGGGUUAUGAGAAAUACUAUCAGGUUUUGUGUAAAGAGAAACUAUCUGGCCGCUGUUAUUUUGAAGUUCAGUGGGAAGGAGCAUGUUGCUCUAUUGCAUUCUCAUAUGACAACAGUCCUACAAGUUUUGUCUUUGGAUCUAACAAAAAAUCUUGGAAAUGGGACUUUCCAAUAUCUAAUCUUCGUGUGCAGCACAAUAGCCAGCAGGCUGACAUUCCCUUGGUCUCCAAAAUUGGAGUGUUUCUUGAUCAAGCGGCAGGAACUGUGUCUUUUUACAAUGUCUCUGAUGAAAUGACUCUCCUCCACAGAAUGAAGACCACAUUCACUGCACCCCUCUACCCAGGGUUUUCAUUUCAUAAUUUAAAAAAUGACUCCUCAGUGACAAUUUGUGAUCUUUUAAAUUUAAACAAGUAAAUCUAAUUUGCACUGACAGUGACAAUUAGUGAAUGGACACACAUUUCUGCUGCUAAUUGUGUCAAAAUAUGUAUGUUCUCAGACAGUAUUGGUAAAUUCUUUAAUUAUAGAGUUAAUUUUAGGA